UUCAAACACUCAAUCAAUCUUUCUCAGAUCCUUCGGUAACCCAGAAUUCCAUUACAGCUGAUUCAUGGAGAACCUGUUUCGCUUGGUUGAUCAUGAAGACUUGUUCUCUCGGCGCUGCAUUUGGGUGAACGGCCCUGUCAUCGUGGGAGCAGGCCCCUCCGGCCUUGCCACGGCGGCUUGUCUCAGAGAACAAGGCGUUCCUUUCAUGGUUCUCGAGAGAGCCGAUUGCAUAGCUUCUCUCUGGCAGAACCGAACCUACGACAGGCUCAAGCUUCACCUUCCCAAGCAAUUCUGUCAGCUCCCCAGAGUUCCUUUUCCAGACGACUUCCCCGAGUACCCCACAAAGCGACAAUUCAUCGACUACCUCGAAUCAUACGCCAAGCGUUUCCAGAUCAAUCCGCGAUUCAACGAGUGCGUUCAAUCCGCCAGGUACGACGAGACCUGCUGCUUGUGGAGGGUCAAGACUGUUUCCACGGUUGGCUCCUGUAGAACUGAAAUGGAGUACAUUUGUCGAUCGCUUGUGGUGGCCACCGGCGAGAAUGCCGAGUGUGUCAUGCCUGAUAUCGAGGGGCUGGGCGAAUUCAAAGGAGAAGUCGUUCACGCGUGUGAUUACAAGUCAGGAGAAAGUUUCAGGGGAAAGAAAGUGCUCGUCGUGGGCUGUGGCAAUUCUGGCAUGGAGCUCUCUCUUGACCUCUGCAACCAUAAUGCAUCACCUUCAAUGGUUGUUCGUAGCUCUGUUCAUGUAUUACCCAGAGAGAUUUUCGGGAAAUCAACGUUCGAAUUGGCCGUUAUGAUGUUGAAAUGGCUACCUCUAUGGCUAGUGGACAAGCUCCUACUGGUUCUUGCAUGGUUGUUGCUCGGGAACGUUGAGAAAUAUGGGCUAAAACGGCCAUCGACGGGCCCACUGGAGCUGAAAAACACGAAGGGGAAGACCCCUGUUCUGGAUAUUGGAACAUUGGAGAAGAUUAGAUCCGGAGACAUAAAAGUUGUACCAGGGAUCAAGAGGCUUAGCAACCACCAAGUUGAGCUAGUCAAUGGUGAAAAACUUGAUGUUGAUGCCGUUGUACUAGCCACUGGAUAUCGCAGCAAUGUCCCUUCAUGGCUUCAGGAAGGUGAAUUUUUCUCAAAGAAUGGGUUCCCAAAGAGGCCAUUCCCACAUGGAUGGAAAGGAAGUGCAGGGCUGUAUGCAGUUGGGUUCACAAGGAGAGGGCUAUCUGGUGCUUCAUCUGAUGCUACGAAAAUUGCUCAUGACAUAGGCCAAGUUUGGAAGCAAGAGACUAGGCAAAAGAAGCACCGACCUACUGCUGGCCAUAGACGAUGCAUUUCCCAGUUCUGAUCUCAUAAAACAUCCCUUAUCGACUCUCUGUAAAAACACACAAAAAGACAAUAAUAGAUAUCACAGAAACAGAGCCCUCUCCUCUGGCCCAAGUUUUGAUGUGUUUUUGGGCAUUUUCCAGGUUUCAGGAUGACGAGGCUUUUUAUUUGUAUUCUUUGGUUUUGUUUUAUUUUUGAGAUGUAUACAGCCUCUGUAUCAUACUUCUGUAAUCAAGUUAAAUGACAAAAGUUUCAAGUUCAUUUCCAAAUUCCAA